CCGUGCGCACCACUGCGAUGACGCCGCGCCACGCGAAGACCGCCACCAAUGUAACUCGCCCGAGGAGGAAACAUAAUGCUUUUAUCGUGGAGGCUGACCAAGCCUGUAGCUCAUUUGCAACUAAUCCACCAAAGACGACACACACACCCGAUACAAACCUUCUGUCGACGAGACCUACAAACCAGAUUGAGUUGCUGACAUGGUGGUGGCCCAGUACAAAGUGACCUCUGACCCACAAGCCUCUUCGGAAGGGUUGGACGACAUGCAAGUUACAUCAACUGUCAGUGCAACUUUGAGUGUUGAGGAUGACGCAUGCACGGUGCCCAUGAAAAAGGAUGGAAAGUUCACAGACACAAGCGACACCGAGUGCGGAGAGCCCAUCGUCCAAAUCCCUCACUCGAUUAAAAACCCCACAUCUUGGUGUGAAACUCUGCUGCACUUGUUGCGUGGAAACGUCGGCUCGGGGGUGUUUGCGAUGGGUGACGCUUUUCAUCACGCUGGUCUCCUCGUCGCCCCAGUGUUGACCCUCUUGCUCGCGGUUGCUUGCGUCCACAGCCAACACAUUCUGCUGAAAUGUGCAAGAGCUGUUUCAAGUAAAUCGCCAACCAGCAAACCACCAGAUUUUGCUGACACAGUGCACGAAUGUUUUGAGGCGGGUCCACCAAUUAUCAGAAAAAGAGCAGGAUUAGCAAAAACGCUCGUAAAUUUGUUUCUCUGCAUCACCCAGCUCGGGUUCUGCUGCGUUUACUUUGUGUUCAUUGCCAACAACAUGAAACAAGUGAUGGACGAGUACAUCAGUCCGUUGGACGUGAGGGUAUAUAUGGCGCUCGCGCUGCCACCCAUUCUUUUCUCCUCAUGGAUCAGGAGCCUCAAGUACUUGGCGCCUGUGUCUGGUGUGGCAAAUUUUCUCAUGGCCAUUGGUUUGGCUGUGACAAUUUACUUUAGUUCGCAAGACCUCCCUUCCGUCGCAGAAAGAAAGGCUUUUGCAGGAUGGACGGAUUUGCCGCUUUUCUUUGGAACUGCAAUUUAUGCAUUUGAAGGAAUUGGCUUGGUUUUGCCUUUGCAGAACGAAAUGAAGAAACCUAAAAAAUUUGCAGCACCUGCCGGUGUGCUGAACAUUGGAAUGACCAUGGUUACAAUUCUAUUCACUGCGAUCGGAUUCCUUGGCUACCUUAAAUACGGUGAAGGAGUUGCGGGCAGUGUUACCCUCAACCUCCCGCAAGAUAACAUUUUAGCCCAGGCUGUAAAACUGGCUGUGUCUGUCGCGAUGAUCCUGACGUACGCCCUGCAGUUUUACGUCCCCAUUGAAAUUCUGUGGCCUUCGGUGAGGCUCAUGGUGUUUCCACAAGACGCAGACGAGCCUGCAAAAGCAGCAAAGCCCCGCGCAUUUGCAGAGAUUUUCUUCCGAACGGCACUUGUCCUCUUUACAUUCACGCUAGCUGAGUUGGUGCCACAGUUGGGCCUGGCGAUUUCACUGGUUGGCGCGGUGAGCAGUUCUGCGUUGGCCCUCAUGUUCCCACCGAUUUGCGAGCUUGUUCUGGCAUUUGCGAAUCGUGACAAGAAAAAAGUUUCUGUGGGAUUUAUCAUAAAAGACUCGGCGUUGAUAAUACUCGGCGUUUUGGGAACAGUGACCGGAACAUACUGUAGUUUAAGAGACAUUGUCCUUGCUAUCACGCAGCCCGGACACAUUUCCGGAGGCCACUGAGUGGGUCCAGCCACUUUUUGUGAUUCCCACAUUCCACCUCGCGGUCGACUCGACGAUGUACAAAUCAUUUAAUCGUACAUAUGUACGGUGAUGGUUUUUGUAAUAAAGCGCUUAUUCAUUGUGUUCCAAAGUUCAAAA